GUGGUAAACACUGAACAAGAACAUGAAAAUGUAUUCUAAUAAAAAAACACAUAAAGAAAAGGAGCGUGACAUUUUUCUGAUCAGAAAGAUAUAGGCUAGCUAUAUCUAUAAAUAUGCGAAGUAGUCAUGUAUGAAUCAAGAAAUUUGUGAGAAGCCGCCUUCCAACACGCCUCUGGUGUAUACAGUAUAUGGUUUUGUGAGCAAUAAAACAUAAGAACAAAGUAAGAAUAAUAGCAAGUUUAGUACAAAAUAUGGACGCAAGUGAAGAGAGAUAGCUGCUACCAUGGGGUUAUCUGAUAGUGAACUUCGCAAUGUCAUCAUCAUUCCAACAGCUCUCUUUAUUGUAAUUGUCAUGAGUGUGUGUACAUGCGUCCUUGUCAAGAGCAUGAACAAGCGGCAGGAUCGAGAGCGAAAAGAGCGAAUAAAAGAAGAACGGGAGAAGGAGAAAAUGAAAGAAGAAAUGCUAAGACAAAAUAAAAUAGAGAACAAAAAAAAGGACGAUUUAAACCACAACGGCUUACGACACAACGGAUAUGAAAGGGUGUUGAAAAACCAGAACGGGAUUAAUAAUAACGCCUACGAAGCUGACAUAAACAUUCACCGAGAAGUUGACGUCGAUGACGUGUAUACGACGGAAAACACGCCGCGUCAACAUAGCGGUGACGUGUCGUCGCGUUCUAAUAGCACUAUUAUAAACGUUAAAGACGAAAACACUGAUAGGCCUAACAGUACUUCAGCAGCACGCAUACUAAGUCAAACUGCUGUUGAGGCCGACAUAGCACAGGACGGGAAAACUUCGAGCGGCUCACUUGGUAGAGAAUACCACGAUGUGAAUCAUGUUCAACCUAACGUCGAUUCUUCGUAGUACUUCUCGUUGUUCUGUUUUGUUCUGCAUUAUUCAAGCCAUAUUUUUAUAUAAAAUAGUAUACAAGUUAGUUUACUGAGGAUACCGGCUUUGUUAAAUGGGUUUAUCAGCUGUAGCCGUUACUAUGACGAGGAGGCGUUUUUACCACAGUUUAACGUGUUCUGUGGUAUAACCGAGUACGGAGAAAAGCUAAAUGUUACUCCUAUCUACGUUUAUGGUAUAUUAGAAUGACGCUGUUCCUGAUAUUCGGCUGACCAAAAAUAUAGUUAAAAAAAUGACCUGAAAAUGAUUGUUGUUUGUUUUUUACGCAUUUUUGUAACAUUUUUUAAUAAUUAUAUAUGUUUAAGCAUAACUGUGAACCUGUGGGUAGUUUAGUUUGCUUAAAAGAUUUAAAGUUAGAACCCGUUCUUCUUGCUUUAUUAUGUAGACGAAAUUUUUAAUCGUUUGAUAAAAGUCAUAAGUGUAAAUAACAACAUCAACAUGAUCAAGCGCCAUGUUGAAAGUGCGUGAAAUUAGACCGCCAUUAUGUUAGUCCCUUGCAAGUCUUCCUUAUUUAUUUGUAAAUUCCAGAUUUUGCUUUAUUUAUUUGACCGGUUUAUACUUUAGACUACUCUACACUUGUAAAUAUAUAGCAUACAUUUUUACAGCCUUCUUACACUAAGAUUUUAUCCACGCCUAUUUAUAAAUAAAAUGUAAUAAUAAAUUACCAAAGCAUGUUGGAAACUUA